UUCAGCAUUCAACAUACUGGCUAUAUAAUGAAGGAGAAAAAAUAUUUAAUAUCAUUUUACAAAGCAACUAAGAAGCCAGCAAAGUGACGACACUUUUGGAUUAACAUUUCAACAUUUUGAAGAAAAUUUUAAACGUUGAGCUUUUGAGAAAUAAACAAGAAAUCAAAAUGGCAGCGUCUCCGAUAGUACUAUCUUCAAGACAAGGUGAAAGAGCUUAUCUGAACACGUUAAACGAACGUUUUGGACAAUAUGUCAACCGUGUGCGAUCAAUGAGAGAGCAGAGCAAAAAUAUUGAGAACAACACUUUUAUUGCUCAUACGCAAGCGUUGGAAAAUGAAAUUUUCGAUUUAAAGAACAUCUACGAAAGGGAAUUAGACAACACUCGACAACAACUGGAUGCGAUUACAGCGGAAAGAAACGAAUACCAUUUACAAGCAGGCAAAAAUGGUGCACUAGCUACGGAGUUACAGGAAAAAUAUAACGAUGAAUUAAACAAUAGAAAAAAACUUGAGAAUGCGCUUGCCGAUGCGCACAGAUUAUUAAGCGAGAAAGACUCGCUUAUCCAAGAGCUGCGCAUCACUAUUGCACAACACCAAAAUGCGCAUUUGGAUACAACAAAAGAACGUGAUGCAUUGCAGAGCACGUUAACAAAUGUGCAAAUGUUGUGUGACAGUGAAUCGAAAGCACGUGCAGAUCUGGAAGCAACCGUGCAAAAACUCACAGAUCAAUUGAAUUUUGAAAGACAAAUUCAUGAUAAGGAGCGUAUGGAACUGGCGAACAAAUUGAACGCAGCUGAACGAGCAAUUGCAAUUGCUGAUGAGAAAUUAAAGGAACAUGAUAUUGUAGACGAUAAUUUACACAACAUGAUUGCCAAAAUGAGAAUACAAACUCAAGCUGAAUUCAAACGUUUCCAAGAUGAGUCGGAAUCAGCUUAUCAAGCUAGUCUGUCUGCAAUCAAAAAUCAGCUGGAAAAUGAAAGCAAGAACUUGUCUCAGGCUUUAGAAGAGAACAUUCACUUGAAAGCCGUCAUUGAGGAAAUGAAUGCCAAGAUUGGAAAAUUAGAUGGACGAUGUGGAUCCCUUGAAGAGCAAAAUCGUUCCCUCAUUCACACAUUGGAAGUCGAACGGCAACAAGCUUCAAACAAUAUACAACAAUUGGAGUCAAAACUUCGUGAAAUGCAAGAAAACCUGAAUACUAAAAUCAGAGAAUUAAACGUAGCAUAUAAUGCUAAUAUCCCAUUGGAUCUAGAAAUCGAAGCUUUUGCAAGCAUGUUGGAUGCAGAAGAGAAACGUCUAGCUCUUGCUCUAUCAAACCCGCCAAGCGAGUUAGUACAAAGUGCUCGUGGAGAAUUACUGUCAAGCCGAAGCCAUUAUACAGGCGUUCGAUCUAUGCCAAACAGUCCACGAAGAGCUAUCAGUGGUAUCGGUGGGCCUUCUCCUCCUCUCGGACGACCAAAAUCUCAAUCUGCUCAAUAUGACGAUUCUAAAGAAUUGCCACCAGCUGCAACAAGUGGGAACAUUUCCAAGCCUACCACGCCAACCAAGUACACGCUUCCCACAUUGGAUUCUUCUUCCAGGAUAUUCAAAAAUCCUCAAAGAAGUUAUGGUGUUGCAGGUGGUCCGAGCACUCGUAUCUACUAUCGCAAAUCAAUAUUCAUGACACAGAUUUUCGUAUGCGAGAGUAUGAAAAUAUUAUGCACAGAAAAUACCGAGAAAAACAUACGACUGCUUGAAGUGAACGCUCUAGGGAAAUAUGUUCGCAUAUACAAUACGUCCACGUACCAAGAUGAAGAUAUCAGUGGUUACAUUAUACAACAAAAUAUUAAUGGACGUCCUGUGAAUGUAUUUCGUUUCCCGCCAAGAUCAAUAUUAAAAGCUGGCACACAUUCAACGGUAUGGACGGCCAACUCCACGACAAGACAUAACCCGCCGGCUGAUUAUCUAUGGAAAACUCAACCAAAGUGGGAAUAUGGAUCAAACUGUACGACAAUAAUUUGUAAGCCAGAUGGGCAGGCUUUGUCAUGGAUACCAGGUACACCAGCUUAUGUGAACCCGAUCACUAAAACUUCCGUUAAAACCAGGACUUCAGAGAGACCGAAAACAACUCCAGCAUAUCGUUCAGCAUGUACAACGCAGAUACUGAAAAACACUUCAUAUCCAAUUGUUGAUCACACUUCUCGUGUAACUCGACCACACACGAUUCGAAUAUCUCCAGUGAAUAUAUAUUCAAGUAGCACGCUAAGACACGCCAGGUCCGCACCAAAUUUAAGACAAAGACCAUUAAUGCGAUCAUAUGGUUGGAUACAUUGAACAUGCAGAUUAAAAGAACUUUCCUUUCUGGUUACAUGCAGUUUAACCUGCGUGUUCGAGAAACUGGUAUUAAAAAACAAAACAACUGCAUUUAUAAAGCGUAAAUAUGCAAGACAGAAACUGUACAUUGGUCUAUAAAUACAUUAAAAAUACAGCAGUGAUAUCCGCGUGUCAUAAGUCAAGAUGGAACUAAAGCUACCAGACAAAUAAUGUUGCUUUUGGAAAAUAGAAGAAGCUCCAAAAAGGAAGGAAAUGAAUUUAUACACAAUAUUCAUUAAACAAAGAUAAUUUCAUUACUUGUAAAAAACUAUUUAAAAUGGAUUUUCCUAGGAAUUUUGUGAUUUUGUUAGCAUUUUACCACUUAAAACAACAAAUUAAUUUACUCUGAUUUACUGUCAAUAA